AAAAUAGUGAUGCUGAUACACCAUAGUGCACAUCAGAUCUGAAUCAUGAAGCUGCUAACCAUAAUCACCAUUUUUGCUCUUCCUCUGUUCUUAUUCAGUCCUGGAGGGACAUGUGAGAAGAUAAUUGGAGGUAGAGAGGUUGCUCCACAUUCAAGGCCUUACAUGGUCUACCUUAGUGCCGAUUGUGGAGGCGCUUUGAUUAAGGAGAACUGGGUCCUGACAGCAGCACACUGUCACAGAGAGAAAGGUAUGUAUGCAAUACUUGGAGCUCAUUCUAUUAAUGGAAAUGAAAAGGAACAGCAAAUGAUUGACGUAGAAGAGCAAGUGAUCCAUAAACACUAUAACAGCUUAACGCAGGCUAAUGACAUCAUGCUGGUAAAGUUGAGCAAGAAAGCCACCAUCAAUCAGUAUGUACAGACACUUCAACUGCCUACUAGAGGGGUACAUCCCGGAGCAGGAACCAUCUGCAGGAUCGCAGGAUGGGGGAAAACUGAAUAUAAUGGGAACCCAGCCGAUGCACUUCAAGAAGUUACUGUCAAGGUUAUAAGCAAAGAAGAAUGUAAUGGAAGAGAUUCUUACAAUGGAAAAUUAACAACAAGCAUGAUGUGUGCUGGAGAACGAUACAAAGGAGGAAAGGAUGUCUGUCAGGGUGAUUCAGGUGGUCCUCUAAUAUGUGGUGAUACUUACACAGGCAUUGCUUCAUUUGGUGUUCAGUGUGGGCAGAAAAACUUUCCAGGAGUCUACACUCGCCUCACUGACGAUUAUCUAGAUUGGAUCAAGACAGUAACAGAAUACUAAAUGAUUUUGUUGUUGUUUUUCAAUCGCAGGAAGUGAUUUUUUUUUUGUUUAUGCAACAGAUUUCAACUACACACAAGCUGUAUUUAUAGUGCCACAUAGAGCUUAAAUGGACAAAUGUUUUUUUUCUAUAAGCCUCCAAAUCAUAAUGCCUAAGAAUUAAGACCAGUACAUCUUCAUUUAGACAAAAAAAAAACUCAAAAUUUGAAAGGUAUUAACAUGAUAAUGAUAUUUAAUGAUACUGAAAAAUAACUACUGUUAAAAUAAAACUAAAAAUUAGGCAUGAAACAAUACAAUUAUCUCACAAUGCAAUUCGUAUUGUGAUUCAGGCUUCAUAAUACAAUAUUCUCAAUUUCCAUAAGAGAAAUGUAUGUUUAGUGUUACUUAUUAUUACACAUUCAUAAAUCACAACACUGCAAAAUAAUUUAAAAUUUGUGCACAAAUGCUCAUGCUUUAAUGGAAGUUUCUGCAAGUUUUUCUUUUUUUCUUAAAAAAGUCUUAAAUAUUUACAUAAAGUAUGUGAACUGCAGUAUCAUAUCAUGUAUUACAUGUUAAUUAGCACAUUCAAAUAAGAAUUUCACUGUACGCUGUACAUGAGACAAUAAUGACCCUAUUUAAUCAAAUUUAAAUGUAUUGUUUUGUUUUCUGGGUUAACGUUAAACAUUGCUCUAACAAUGGCUGUCCUCUUAUUUCCCUCUUGAAUUCCUUACUCACCCUAUUAGCUGAGGGUUCAGACUUGAUCUAUGAAGAACUUUUAAAGUUACCUUUUCUUUCAAUAAAAAUGAGAUUGUCAGCUGUCUGCAUGAAGCUGAGAUCUCCCCUCAGUAUCUCCUGCAGCUAAACACACUCACACACUGGCUACAGACGUAGCAGGGACAGACGUGUGAUUUGAGCAGAAAACCAGGCGUUGGGAAUUUGGCAGCUUUCUCUGUCAAUGCUACAGGACUGUUGUUUGGAGGAAUGCUUGCUGUAAUCUACUCCUACUUUGAAUCAGUAUUGAUGUUUCGAGCACUCGUACUCACAUCUGUGGCUUGUGAGAGUUUCCGUUUGAGUGUAUCGCCUAAGAACUGCUCCAGUACUAUGAUAAGUUUAUGCUUUGCCAGUCCCAAUAGAGUUCAGUUUGAAAACAAUCCUGUGGAUGCAGGAGAACAUUUAGGGAGCAAUGUUGCAAUUCAAUGUCUUGUCCCAGGAUGCGACUCACUAAAUUAAGUGUGUGGGCAAAACACUUAAUUACGGUCCAAGUCCACUUUCAUGUGCAGUGAUGCCUCUGUUGUGCAUGCACCACCAUCUAGAUGGUGACUAACGGUUCUGUCAAAGUGCAUUCAGUUUGGUACGUUAUACUUUCUUUCGUGUUUUUCGCUUAAAUUGUAAAAUUCCCAGCUUUCAAUGGAAGAUAUUAUCGUUUGCCUUUGUUUCAGUCAUGUGGUAUGUUGUAAACACACAAUACAAGGCCACAUUUCAGUUUGGCAGUAUUUUGUAUCUCGAAAUUCGAUACAACAAAAUUUUGUCUUGUGCCUACAGAAAAUACAUCAUCUAACCACUUUAAGAAAUACAUGUGAGGUCUGUAUCAAAUGUAAUGUCAGUCAGUCAUUCUCCAACCUGCUAUAUCCUAACACAGGGGUCUGCUGGAGCCAAUCCCAGCCAGCAUAGGGCACAAGGCAGGAACCAAUCCCAGGCAGGGCGCCAACCCACCGCAGGACACACACCAUGGACAAUUAAGAAUCACCAAUACACCUAACCUGCAUGUCUUUGGACCGUGGGAAACCCACACAGACAUGGGGAGAACAUGCAAACUCCACACAGGGAGGACCCAGGAAACGAACCCAGGUCUCCUUACUGCGAGGCAGCAGUGCUACCACGCGCCACCGUGCUGCCCUUUCAAAUGUAAUGUUCUCAUUUAUUUUAUAGUUUAAUUAAGAUAUGAUUAGAAAAUCACUUCUAUCAACCUCUGCACACUUCAAUAUUUUUCCCACUGUUGUCGAUGUCUGAAGAAUUCUUUGUGGUAGAAUUCUAACCAUGCUUUGUCUGGACAGUCUCUUUUCUCUGAAUGACAUUCAUCAGUUCUCUAUGAUUGUUACUUUGUUGUUCUCGAGAGAGCUCCUUUAUGAGAGCCCACUGUGUUUAAAGUGCCUUACCCUUCAUCUAACACUCUUAAAACCCAUUCAGUCACCUUUGUAUGAAUGAAUGACGGUUAAGGGGCUUCCCUUCUUCGUAGGAAACCUGACGACACACAUUGUCAAAACAAUCUUUGUUAGCCAUUUUCUCUCAUUGAACUAUUAAUAGCUGACUGUUAAUGUGCUUGUUACUUUUGUAUGAUGGCUGUAGUAACAAGGCAAGCUAAUUACAGGCAUUAUAAGUGAUGGACCAAAAGAGAGUAGUUGUAGCAAGGGGAGCAGAGCUGCACUUCUAACUUGAGGUAUAGGCAAUUUAUUAACCCUUAUUCAUUUUGAUGAUGGAAUAUUUAGAGGUGAUCCCACUUCCCACACCAUCAAAAUUUAUAGGGAAGAAUAAUGUGGUCACUUUUGGUGUGGGGGGUACUCAAUAUGAUCUUUCAUAGCAGCUUUUACAAGGGAGCAAUUAUGCAUCUUAAAAGUGUUUAUACAUUACAUCCUAAUACUAAGAACUGUUUAACUGAGUAUCAUUCUGAUUCUGCUUUAAUUCAUUCAACAUUUAAUGUUAAUGAUCCUGCAAAAUUUAUGGCAUUUUUAAAGAAGCAAGUGUGUAAGACUUCAGGAAUGAUAUGUAUUCUGUAUUUGCUUUAAUUAUUUUAAUAAAAUCAUUCAGAAUGAA